CCCCGCCGGGGGCGGCCGGCAGAGCGUGCCUGAGGGCCGCGCUGUCCGACUCGCGCUUCUUCUUGGUGUGCAUGUGCUUCCUGACCUUCAUCCAGUCGCUCAUGGUGUCGGGGUACCUGAGCAGCGUCAUCACCACCAUCGAGAGGAGGUACAGCCUGAAGAGCUCCGAGUCGGGGCUGCUCGUGAGCUGUUUCGACGUGGGCAGCCUCGUCGUGGUGGUCUUCAUCAGCUACUUCGGCGGGCGCGGGCGAAGGCCGCUCUGGCUCGCCGUCGGCGGGUUUUUCAUCGCGCUGGGCGCCGCGCUCUUCUCCUUACCUCACUUCAUCUCGCCGCCGUACCAGAUCCAGGAGCUGAACUCGUCCGUGAGCAACGAGGGCUUGUGCCUAACGGGCAAUGGGAGUGCCAAGGAGUCCUUGGAGUCGCCGGCGUGUGUCAAGGACUCCGGCGGCAACGGUCACUCCCUCUACGUAGCUUUAUUCAUCUGCGCCCAGAUCCUCAUCGGCAUGGGCUCCACACCCAUCUAUACCUUGGGACCAACCUACCUGGAUGACAAUGUCAAGAAAGAAAAUGCCUCGCUUUACCUAGCCAUCAUGUAUGUAAUGGGAGCGCUUGGUCCUGCAGCUGGCUACUUACUAGGAGGAGUUCUGAUUGGUUUCUAUGUUGAUCCUAGGACAACCAUUUAUAUUGACCAGAGUGAUCCUCGAUUCAUUGGAAACUGGUGGAGCGGAUUUCUCCUUUGUGCCAUUGCAAUGCUCCUUGUGAUAUUCCCAAUGUUUACCUUUCCAAAAAAGCUCCCUCCUCGGCAUAAAAAAAGGAAAAAGAAAAAGAAGAUGAACUCUGAUGAUGUUUCAAGUGAGGAUGAAGUCAUGAAAGAGAAAACAAAUAGUAAAAUACACGCAGACAGUGCCGUUCCUGCCUCUAUGGGAUUUGGAAAGAAUGUUAAAGAGCUUCCAAGAGCAGCUGUCAGGAUCUUAAGCAACAUGACAUUCCUUUUUGUGAGUUUGUCAUACACAGCUGAGAGUGCCAUUGUUACAGCUUUUAUUACCUUCAUUCCCAAGUUCAUCGAGUCACAGUUUGGCAUCCCAGCUUCCAAUGCCAGCAUCUACACUG